AUGGCAUCGUCUCCCAGUGCAUCCAAGGCGGUGGACAAGAAUCGGAAUGAGGAUAGGCGUGUCUCCAACAGGGAAUCUUGCAUCGCCAUUAUGGAAAUCAUCAAAAAGACUUGCGAGCGGGAGAGGAUCGGCGAGAUCACCGUUACGAAGACGGUGGAUUUGGAGCCGGCGGCGAAGGUGCCUGAUAAUAAGGAUAAGCUAGUCUCCAACAGGGAAGCUUGUAUCGCCAUUUCCGAAAUCGUCAAAAGGGACUUAAGAAGCCGGAGAGGAUCGGCGAGAUCACCGUGUUAG